AGGAAUCAAAACGAGAGCUGUGAAGAGAGAACGAGAGACUACUACUAACUACUCCCCAGGACGACGCGAUGACAAACUCGCACAAUCGUAACGGGCGGAAUGCUGGCAGUGGCAACCAUGCCGAGCGGUACUUCCACAACCACAGCCCGCAGCAGCUGAGCCCAUCGGCACAGCAGAUGCACCAGGGUGGUGGGAAUGGUGGUAGCAACAGCACUGGUAAGCAGCAGCAGCAGCAGCAGCGUGGAGCAAACGGAGGAGGCAACCGUAGCCAGCGGUCACCGAGCGCGAACUACUUCCGCAGUAUUGUCGCCUCCUCCAACACAAUACCGAUAGUACAACAGCAGCAGCAGAGGCAACCAUCGUACUCACCUACCGGUGGACGAGUAGCAGGUGGUGGUGGUCGCCAUAGCAACAACAGCAACAGCAGCUCAAACAGCUUUAAUCAACGCUCCAGUCCGAGCAAUCACAGCAGUGGUGGCAGCUUCCCGAUGAUGAUGUCCUCACCGAUGGGAGCCGGUGCUGGGGCUGCUGGGCCUGUAUCAGGUUCGCCGCCCAACUUUUCCCAUUUUGCCGGCAGUAAGUGUUACGAUGCGCCCGCACCCACCGCGCUGCCGAAGCCACCCGUCCACUGGACAACCGUCGGUGGCUCUGUUGGCAAUAACAGCACCAGCAACAGUAGCAGCAGCAACAGUAGCGUAAGCAGUUCCUUCACGUCGAUGAUGAUGAUGGCGUGCGGUACGUCCGCACAGCCUACGGUGACCGGUAACGGCGCCAACAAAAAGGGGACGGCAGGAUCCUCCUCCAACAAUGGGACGGUGCUUAAGCAGCAGCAGUACCACCCGCAGCAGCCACGGCUGCGAACGAAGGCGAUGAAAUCGUGUGCGUCGGCUGCGGCCAAGGCAAACAAUCGUCAUGCCGCCUUCACGCACAAUCUGAAAACGAUUCUCAACGUGCAGGCUUAACAACCCGUCGCUACCGUAACCGAGCGUGGCCGGGACAGCAGCAGCAGCAGCAGCAGCAGCAUCGAUAGUGUUGAACAUGCAAGUACAACGACGACGA